AUGGAUACCACAACUGGAGGCACCUCGGCUACUGGAAGCAUGACCACCACAGGGGGCUCCUCGGCUACGGGCAGCAUGGAUACCACAGGAGGCACCUCGGCCACAGGCAGCAUGGAUACUACAGGAGGCACCUCGGCCACGGGCAGCAUGGCCACUACAGGAGGCACCUCGGCCACGGACAGCAUGGACACUACAGGAGGCACUUCGGCUACCGGUACUGGUUCUACCAGCAUGACUACUGGUACCGACACGGAUACCAUAACUACCGGUAUGGCCACUGGUACUAGCACGGAUACGACGACUGACACGGAUACCACCACCACCGGCAUGGCUACGGGCACCGAUACGGAUACUACGACGACCGGCAUGGCUACCGGUACCGACACGGACACUACGACCACGACCACGGCCACGACCACUACAAGCACGACUACCGGUACCGAUACGGAUACCACGACUACCGGCAUGGCUACUGGUACCGACACGGACACUACGACCACAACCAUGACCACGACCGCGACCACCACGACUACUAGUACCGAUACGGAUACUACCACUACCGGCAUGGCCACCGAUACAGACACUACCACCACCAGCACGACCUCUAGUACUACUACCACUGGCAUGGCUACCGAUACGGAUACUACCACUACCGGCAUGGCUACUGAUACGGAUACCACCACUACCACCGGCAUGGCUACCGACACGGACACCACCACCACUACCACCACCACCAGUACUACCGGCAUGGCUACCGACACGGAUACUACCACCACCGGCAUGGCUACCGAUACGGAUACUACCACCACCGGCAUGGCUACCGAUACGGAUACUACUACUACCGGUAUGGCUACCGACACGGAUACCACGACCACUACCACGACCACCAGCACUACCGGCAUGGCUACCGAUACGGAUACCACCACCACCGGCAUGGCUACCGAUACGGAUACCACCACUACCGGCAUGGCUACCGAUACAGAUACCACCACUACCGGUAGGGCUACUGCUACCGAUACAGAUACCACCACCACCGGCGUGGCUACUGCUACCGAUACGGAUACCACCACCACCGGUAUGGCUACUGCUACCGACACGGAUACUACGACCACAGGUAUGGCUACUGACACCGACACGGCGACGACAACCGAGCCGGCCACAACCGGCGAUCCAACGACUUCUGCAGAUACGUCGACUACCACCACCACAGGUGCAGCAUUUUCUUGUCCACUUCCACCGUGCGGAUCCGGCCCUGGCGCUUGUUGUGAUGAAGUCUCCCCCGGCCAGUGUGCAUGUUACGCUUAA